UUUGAAAUGUGUUAUGGCAAAAGAAAUGAAUAUUUGGCAAAUACACAAUUGACAUUUUGACAACGAUAACUGCGUAAUUUAAUAAUAUCAUUGAUGUAUAAAUACUCAUUAUUUAGAUAAAGUAAUUGAGUUUUGUUAUUUAUUAUAAAAUUUUAAUAUGAAUAAUUUAAGGUUCUUACAACGAACAUUAGGUUCUAGUAGAAAGUUUUUGUGUAAAAGAAAUCAUUCUUCAGGUGCUUAUGAAGGUGAUGGAAAAACUACAGUUACAAUUCUUAACCAACAAAUGGAUGCUGGACUAAUGAUUAAUAGUUUCAGCCAAAUAGGAUUUCGAUUGAAUAAUGGAUUGACUGUAGUUGGACCGAUGGCAAUUUUCCCAAGAACUGUGGUUUCAUGGAAUGUUGAUGGUCUACAGGAUGUUAAUGAAGAUUCAUUAUCAUUAUUUUUUACGCUAGACCCCAAAGUAGAUAUCCUCGUGCUUGGUUUAGGUGAUGAAAAAGUAUCACCUGCUAUAUAUACCAACAUUUUACAACAAGUACGCAAAUUUAAAAUGAAUGUAGAGAUUCUACCAACUGAACAAGCAUGUGCAACUUUCAACUUCCUUAAUGGCGAGGGACGUUGUGUAGCUGGAGCAUUAAUCCCACCAGCUAAUAUUCGGCCUACUGAAAAUGAUAUGUUACAAAGUAAAUUGCGUUAUCAAAAUUUGUAUUUGGAAGAAGAUUAGUUUAUUUAUUUUAUGUAAUUCUAUCAAAGUAGAUUGAUCCCACUUCUGCUGCUUAAAUCGUUUGUGAUUUUUUCAUUACCUGUAUGUGACAUGAACUACAUGAUACAUAGGUAAUAUAAAUGCAAAAUCGAACAGUAUUAUGGCGAUUAAAUGUGAAAAAUGAUGUUUUAAAAUCAGAUCAGGUUGAUUAAGAACAACAGAGAAGUUUGCUUAUUUACAUUUCUUUAUUUCUAUAAAACUAGAAUAAGCCUAUUAAGAUCUGUUUGGUAUAUUCGUGAAAAUUAUUGUAGAAGUUAUUUUAAUUUCUUUAAUUGCAUUUCUGUUUCUUAAACCGCUACCAGAGAAUGCAAUUAAAGGUAUCAUCAAAAAGCCAUAAUAUUUGUUUAUUUAUUUACAAUUUAUGUAAC